GUCACAUCGUUCCUUGUGGACCUGAUUAUGCACAUCCCUAAUCCCUCACUAUUCCUCGCCCUGCUGACGUAGCAAUGUUACCGUUUUAACCCCUACAAUACAAAGAACUCGAGAAGAAAACCGCCCUACUCGACACAACUUACGUCGCCGCAACCGCAUCGCGGAGCUCGCUGCCAAACAUGUUCACAGGCCUGGUUGAGGAGAUAGGAGUGGUCGCCGAGCUGAACCCCCACGACGAGACGGGCGGCACCUCGUUGACCAUCACGCUGCCGGCAUCCUCGACGCUGCUGGCCGACGCCCAGCUUGGCGACAGCAUCUCGGUCAACGGCGUGUGUCUGACGGCCACGGCCCUUUCGCCGGCCUCCGCUCCGUCGCCGUCUCCGCUGUCCCACGGGUCUGUGCCGGACUCGAGGCUGGACGAAGGGGGGCGGAAGGGCACCUUUGGGGAGAAGUUCUCGGCGAAGACCGCGGCUGCCCCGGCGGUGCCGCCCCCGCUCAGCUUCACGGUCGGCAUCGCGCCGGAGACGCUGCGGCUGACGAACCUGGGGGCGCUGGCGCGGGGGGCGCGGGUCAACCUGGAGCGGGCGGUGCGGGCGGACACGCGGAUGGGGGGCCACUUCGUGCAGGGGCACGUGGACACGACGGCGCGGCUGGUGUCGGCGACGCCGGACGGGAACGCGCUGACGCUGCGGCUGGCGCCGGAGCGGCGGGCGGGAGCGGCGGACGGCGGCGCGGCGCCGGGGAGCGCGUCCGAGGACCCGCUGCGCUACGUCGUGCACAAGGGCUACGUGGCGCUCGACGGCGCGAGCCUGACGGUGACGCGGGUCGACGACGCCGAGGGCUGGUUCGAGGUGAUGCUGAUCGCGUACUCGCGCGGCAAGCUCGCGCUCGCCGACAAGCGGCCCGGCGACCCCGUCAACCUCGAGGUCGACGUCCUCGCCAAGUACGCCGAGAAGUCCAUGGCCGCCGGCUUCCUAGGCGCCCAGGCCGAGGCGCGCACCCGCGCCGUCAUCGAGGAGGUCGUGCAGAACGUCGUCGCCCAGGCGAUGGGCGGACAUGCCCCCUGAGGAGAGGAGGGGAAGACUGUCGGGGUGAUGGGGGGGGGGGGUGCCGGCAAGGUCCCCUACCCCCCACUGGGGCGAAUCGGGUCAGACUGGACUAUAUACACUCGGCUGGGAACUGGCAAAAAAGGGAAAACCCAACUUCUUGUCGUUCGUGAGCAUAUCUUCUUUUAGGACGAACGGAUCAGGUCGAUCCAGGGUAGGGGAAGAUGUGAGAUGCCCCCUCUGUACUGCACUCUCCCUGGCCCGUACGGAUAUUACCUUGUCUUAGCUUGAGGGAUGAGCGCCUCUUCUUAUACUACGUAGAUAGAUUUCUUUCUACCUGGCUACGUCCUAUAUUUGCCAACAGGUUGC